UAUCUAUUACUUUAUUGCUAGUGGCUUAUUGGAUACGUUUCCGUCGGCUACGCGGGAGUUCCGCGUUCAAAGCUUGUUUGGGUUAAAAGUAUUCAGAGCAAAUCUAACUGAUGAAUAUAAUUAUAUAAAAUUUUGAUGAGAUAUAUAAUAUUUAAAAUUUUGAAAAAAGUAUUUAUAUACGAUUAAUGAUUAUUUAAUUCGUAAACAAUUACAUUUUUUCAUGAACGCAAUAAUUUUGUAAACAGUUAUUUCAUCCAAGUCUAGAACCCGGAUCUUCCGCGUCGCCCACGGAAACGUAUAUGUGGGUAACGUUUUUUGGGUUCACACUAUGUAUGUGUGUUACGUUCCAGCAUUAAUUUCAUGGCCUUCAAGAGAAAAUAUUGCUUCGAGAUUUUUUGUCAACGUCCAAUUAAAAUCAAGGAGAGGGCAUCUACUUACUCGUCAUACAAAUCGCACAACACCGGAUAUGGAGGGCGUUGUAGUGACAAGUACAUAGUUGAAGACUCUGGAUUCUUGGAAAACUUAAUAUAUGGGGAUUUGGUCAUGGCUGAUCGUGGAUUCACUAUUCAUGAAACAUUUGCCUUACAAAAUGCAACUCUUGCGAUUCCUUCUUUUCUUGGUAAACAAACACAGCUGUCAAACAAAGAAGUUGAGGAUUCGAGAGGACUUGCAAGGAUAAUAGUACAUGUAGAGAGAGUUAUAGGUGCAACCAAACAAAGAUUCAGUAUUCUGCAAGGUCCUAUUCAUCGUUCAACUCUUGCAGUUUGUAAAGAUGAUAACUCCGCAUUAAUUGAUAAGAUUGUAAUGGUAUAUGUUGCUUGAUUUACAAUUCAUGUUCUUCAUUGGUUCCCUCAGUUAGUAAUGUUACCCAAACGUUUGAAUGAAUCCAACAAAAAAUACAAAGUGUUAAUUCAUACGAAUAUGAUCUGUGGUGUAACAAUCUUUGUAAUCUUGGUUUAAUACAU